UGUCGUCUCCCCUCGACCCCAGAUGUCUAUCUCAGCAUCGGCCACGGCUUCCCAGAAUACCUGAGCUGCGUCUCCAGCACCGGAACCAUGCGCGCAUUUAUGAUCUUCGUCGACUUCGCUGACCAGCCCGCCGGCAACGACACCACUGCCGGCCUCUAUGACUUUUUCUUCCCAAACGCGAGCACCUGGUACGGAACCUCUUCGUUCGGCAAGCUCUCCAUCGACGCCAAAGCCGACACCUCGCAGUUCCACCGCAUGCCCCGGACCACAAGCGACUACGCCUGGAACCGCGGCAUCACCUACGAGCAGCACGAGGCCUACAUCCAGGACGCGCUCGCAUCGUAUGUGGAUGCUACAGGCGAAGAUCCGGCGCCGGUCGAUGUUUUGUACGUUGUCGCGACACGCAAUGCGCCGAAUAUCACGUACUCUCCGACUUUCAUGGGAAACGUGACGACGCGCGACGGUGCGUUUGUCGCGAAGAAAGCAGUUACCGUAGGCUAUGACGCGUACAAGACAUGGGGCUUCAAACUCAUCAACCAUGAGACGGGACACGUAAUGUGUCUCGCAGAUCUGUACCCCGCGUCUGGCGCGGUAGGGUUGUACGUGGGUGGCUUCAGCAUCAUGGGGAACAUCAACGCUGUGUAUCCCGAGUACUUUGCGUGGGACAAGUGGCGGCUUGGGUGGUUGGAGAAUGCGCAGAUCGAAUGUCUGACGUACGAGAGGGCGAGUACAUCGUUCCACACGAUCUACCCGGUUGAAACACAAGGCACGGAGAUCAAAUUAGUAGUGUUGAAGAGGAACGAGACACAAGCAAUGGUUCUGGAGGUCCGGUCGAGUGGUGGUGUCGACAAUAAGGGCGCAGAGCCUGGCGUUGUGGUGUACACUAUCGACACAAUGGUAGAGACACUGCAAGGGCCGAUACGGGUAUUG